AUGUCAGCUGGAGGUCGCCCAUCCAAGCGCCCAAAAUUCAUCCACCAUAUCCAUAGCGAAACUGUUGGCCAGGCCAGCACUAGGCACCGCAACUUCAGUUUGCAGGCAAGCGGAAACUUCAAUCUCCGGACAUCAUACUUGUCUGCUUCCAGACCUGCAAUAGAAGAGGAGGAGCAAGCGCUAUCUCAACAAGCUGUUGGCGUGGACUCAGACCCUUGGAAUGAGACUGAGUUCUACCAGGCAGUAGAAGAUUCGCAGUCUCAUUCGGAUGGGCCAUCUCAAGCAGGGCAUGGGAGAACACCAGGUGAUGAUCCCCUCGCCCUUUGGCUGCAUGAACGCGAAAUAUACUUAGACGAACUCAUUUGUCUUGAAGGGCGAGGCAAAAGCGCCAGUGAACAAUGCUCAAUGCCGUUCCAUAGAAUCGAGGAAUGGAAAGAUGGGUUUUUCCAUGCUGUAACCCUCAAAUCUUUAGGGCUACGUAUUCAGCUCGGUCAUAAGGCAGGAGAAGCUUGUCGUCGUCCGAGCCCCGCGUUUGAUGACGACUUCGUUGUUAUCGACACUCACGGAAUUCAUGAAGUCAGCCUAGACUUCUGUGGUUGCGAGCACAAAGCUUCUCACUAUAAACAAUUGCUUCGGGCACGUCUAUUCCCCGCAACAGCGACUGACCCCAGAACCGCCGCAACAUUUGCGGUGUUGAAGUUCUUUCACCUGCUUUCCUUCGAAUCCAAAGUAUCCACAUACGAGUUCUACCACAGUUUGGCGCGCCAGAGCGACAACACCGGAAUCACGCCAAUACGGGAUCGCUACUCAACAUUUCUUAGGAUCGUACGUGAGUGGAGGAACCUCCGUUCCUUGAAACGCGCUGGCCGUGGCCAUGAUCCGGCUUGUGUCAAUGCAACUAAGGAAGGAGAACUUGCUCUUCUGUGCCCAGCAUGCCCGCACCCUGGAAAGAAUUUACCUGACAGGUGGGAAGCUUCAACUCAACAGUGGAUGUAUAGUGUAUUUCUUGCAAUCGAUGCAAACUUCCGUCUCAAGCGCCAAGCCAUCUCCUCCGACACCAAAGAUCCGGGUCUCAGCGGUGGCUGGGGCUAUUUCGUCAACGAGAAGCAUUACAAGGCCUACAUAGGUAAUAAUUCUGCUGUCAUACAAGAGUGUCAACAGAGGAGCGCUUGCGUCAACCACAACGCAGUGAACAUGGCGGAUGUGAAAAUAUCGAAGGGACUUGCGGCUACAGGUGUCGGCACUGUUGACUGUGCCCGCCAUGACAUGAAGUUGGCGAAUGGUGUCGGGGACUUGCAAAAAGGUGAAAGAUAUGUUAAUAUGGACUAUCUCGUUUUUUCAGCGUUGUCGACAUUUUCGAGCCUCAAAGUCAUCAACUUUUCUUACGAUAUUGCAUGCCAAUGGCAUAAGAAACUCUGGGGCCAUGUCCCUUCGCUUCCUCUUCACCUUCAACCAGAUCCUGUUGGAAAGACUUUCCGGUAUUUUGUACCGAAGUUUCAUAUUGCAGCGCACGUGGAAGCUUGUCAAACGAUGUUCUCACUUAACUGGUCACCUGGCGUUGGUCGAACAGAUGGAGAAGCCCCCGAGCGUGGCUGGGCAAACAUUAAUCGUGUUGCUACGAGCACUAAAGAGAUGGGUCCUGGAGCUCGUCGAGACACACUGGACGACCACUUUGGCAACUGGAAUUGGAAGAAGAUUGCAUCACUAGGUCGAGUGUUGUUACGGAAGGUCAUCGAAGCCGUCAGAGCAGAGCAAGAGCAUCAUAUUGCACUUUCCGAACUUGAAGACUCUAUCCGAGAGUCUGAACUAGGUGCCUCCUCGCUUCAAAAAUGGAGAGAAGAGAUAGAGAGUUGGGAGGUUGACCAUACAAAACCUAAUCCUUUUGAGAGACGCGUUGAUACUAUGACACAGGCAGCCGUUCGGCUGGAGCUCGCCAAACAAGAUACCAAGGAGUUGGAGGAUGGCACUGCUGUGUCUCUUCACUCCGAGGUAUCUUGCAGUAUCCUCAUCAGCACCGGCAUUGAUCUUGAACAUGCCCAACGUCGACUUCGCGCAGAUGCAGGAUUACUCGGUCAACAUCCAACCGACACUCAACGGACGAGCAUUCUGACCUGUAGCAACACCCUCCUCCGCCGCAUAGACGCUUGGACAACGAUCCAGACUUUGUACAUGCCGUCAGUCGCAAACCUACGUGCCAAUCAUCAGGAAAAAACCGAAGUGCUACAUAGCGCUAUAUAG